AUGGCUGAUACCAGUUCAAGGACUGAUGUCUCAACUGAUGGCGACACAGAUCCUAGAGAUCUGGGGUCCGAGAGAGGGAAUCUGAUGCUCCCUGCUGCUUCCGAUUCCAGUGAUCGAUCAAAGGAUAAGUUGGAUCAAAAGACUCUUCGUAGGCUUGCUCAAAAUCGAGAGGCAGCAAGAAAAAGCAGAUUGAGGAAGAAGGCGUAUGUUCAGCAGCUGGAGAACAGCCGAUUGAAGCUGACUCAACUUGAGCAGGAGCUGCAAAGAGCAAGACAGCAGGGCGUUUUCAUCUCAAGCUCAGGAGACCAAGCCCAUUCUACUGGUGGAAAUGGUGGGGCAUUGGCAUUUGAUGCGGAACAUUCGCGAUGGCUUGAAGAGAAGAACAAGCAAAUGAACGAGCUGAGAUCUGCUCUGAAUGCUCACGCAGGUGACUCUGAGCUCCGGAUAAUAGUGGAUGGAGUGAUGGCUCACUAUGAGGAGCUUUUCAGGAUCAAGAGCAACGCAGCUAAAAAUGACGUCUUCCACUUGCUAUCUGGAAUGUGGAAAACACCAGCUGAGAGAUGUUUCUUGUGGCUUGGCGGGUUCCGUUCAUCAGAACUUCUCAAGCUUCUUGUGAAUCAGCUGGAGCCAAUGACAGAACGACAGGUGAUGGGCAUAAAUAGCUUGCAGCAGACGUCCCAGCAGGCUGAAGAUGCGUUAUCUCAAGGGAUGGAGAGUUUACAGCAAUCUUUAGCUGAUACGUUAUCUAGUGGAACUCUUGGUUCCAGUUCAUCUGAUAAUGUCGCGAGCUACAUGGGUCAGAUGGCCAUGGCGAUGGGGCAGUUAGGCACCCUCGAAGGAUUCAUCCGCCAGGCUGAUAACUUGAGGCUGCAAACGCUGCAACAGAUGAUUAGAGUGUUGACGACGCGUCAGUCAGCUCGUGCUCUUCUUGCCAUACACGAUUAUUCAUCUCGCCUACGUGCUCUUAGUUCCUUGUGGCUUGCCCGGCCACGAGAGUGA